AUGUGUUAUCCUUCUUGUGACGACUGUCAAACAAGGGACUCCAAGAUCGGUCCCACCAGACAAUUGGUCUUAAGCCGUUGGGCUCGCUCACCUGAUCGUGAUCGCGGGCAUCCCAGCUCCUGUUGCCCCAUCUCUAAGAUGGAGGUCUCCUUCUGCUUUAUGGGAGACGUCUCGAAAGAAAGCGACUCAGUCCAGUCUCAACCAAGCAUUAUGACAAAUAUGAGAUGUAUUCAGCAUACUUCGUCUAUGGUGAUGAAGGACUGGUAG